AUGCCUUUUUACGAAGUUUACCAUGCUAUUUCCAUGAGCGAUCAGCAACGAGAAGAUCUCGCUGAAGCCCUCACAGUACUUCACACCUCUAAAUUCCGAACCCCUCGCUUAUUCGUGAACGUUUCAUUAACAGAUAUAUCAAGGGCUCACACCUACAUUGGUGGGAAGAGACGCAAGGCGAAUCAUAUACGGGCAAGUGUGCGUCUGGGAAACCGGACCAAUGAAGAUUUCUUCGACCUUUGCCACUCUAUCCAAAAGAUCUGGAAUGAUAUUGUUAGUGCACAGGUGGCGAAGCACCAGACUUCAUUGAGUGAUGCAAAACAGCAUGAUUUGCAUUCGGUCAUUAUUCGGCCCUCAAACCCUGUGGGCCAUGAGGCUGGGUUUGAGUUACCCUUGGCUGGCCAGGAUCAAGAAUGGCUUCGAAAAAAACUGGGCUGA